ACAAGAACGUUUGGAGCGUUAAAAUUUUACAAAUCCGACUCGAACAAAGGCACUCGUCCACUAAAAGGAACUAAGACCUUACGUUGGACAGCAGGGCGUCAUUAAUUCCCUUGAAGGAUACUGUUUGCAUCACAGUGCACAUUACAAAAUACCUGAAGAUGGGCGUCUCACUGGAGAGAGUGCAGUUCAAAUUUGCCUCGAUUGUUGGAGAGCUCUGCAGUGAACCAGAUGUUCUCUCCCAGUUCGCAGUGUGGUUAGACCUCAGGCUGGCAGAGUACAAGUUAAAAGGGGCCAUAUCAUUGGAUUGUUCUGGAGAAGAGCCAGAUCCAACUUGGCUGAAGGGAUUAAGCAAACAGAAGACCCCACUCAGAGUGAACAGUCAGACCGACAGACGGGCACAAGGUCAUAGCCCGGCUGCUUACAGAAGCCCAUCAUUACACAGACCAGCUCACUCAUCCUCAGAUUCAGACAUUCCCCUCUCACAAUCUCACUCUGUGCCCAGCGGAGAGCUGGCUGAGCGACUUUCACCAGAUAUUGUUGUUGUUAAAGAGGAACCCCAGGACAUUUUUCCCAUUGCUCUUCACGAAAACGCCAGCGGUGUGACGAGCACUGGCCACAAACGUUCAGCAGCAGAAUCAUCUCUUGGAAGCCAUUGGUCCAAAUCCUCCUCACCAUCACAAUCCAAAAUGAGGCGAUUAUCAUCUAAAGAAUCCAGCUCGAAUCAAAGUUUAAUGACAGUUAUCGGUGAUUAUAGUGCUAAUGACCAUGAUGUACAGGAGAGUGACACCAUGGGAGACAACUCACUCAGUGGUCCCAGCUCAAGUGGCCAUAAUAUGUCGGCUCCAUUGAGCAAAUCUGCAGACUAUUCAGCUGACCAAUCCACAGACUUAAGCGACUCCGCUCUGUCAAAUGAUCAGUUCCUACAAGAAAUGAGGUGGUCAGGUCAUUCUAGCUCAACAGGUGGAGAGACAGGCCCUUCAAACAGCAAUGUUUUGCCAGGGAUUGCAAACCAGCGGACCUUUGCACAAGCCGUCCAGAGUGGUGAGAUGCUGAAAGAUGUGGAGUCGAGGCGACAAGAAAACCAGAUAAGGAAACUGCGGAUCAGCAGUGAACGGCUGGCGUUGAUUCCUCGACAGACUGUCACGAGCAUGGCGGCGUCGGUUGGGACGUUUGAGCGCUGGUUGUGGAGUAACUAUAAGCAUGAGACAAGGACGAUCACAGAUAUACCGCCCGUGGAACUGGACGAGUACCUGGCAGAGUUCAUGCUGAAAGUAGUGACCCCGAGUGGGGCAGACUACAAACCCAGAUCUUUUGCCAUGUUGCGAUCAUGUCUAGGACGAUAUUUGAAGGAGACAAAUUACCCGGAAACGAUCCUGAUAUCGCCGUUGUUCGUGAAAUCACGAGAGGCAUAUUUCACGAGAAAACGCGACAUUGAGUACAGAGAAUCAUUAGCAUUGAUGUCAGAACAGAAAGGGAGGGAGACGUGUUGAAAAAAAAUCUGGGUUGCAAGUAACAUUUGCGGAUUGUACACUUUGUAACAGUUUAUUCAAUCUUCUCUUGAUCGUUAAACGGAAAUGCCAACUGUCCGGGGGAGGGGGAAGCAUUUCAACUCUGGUUAAACAUGUUCAAUAUCUCCAUCGCUCAGGAUAUCCACGAAAAUUUGCAAACCUUAUCAUUUUUUUUUUAUAUUUUCAGUUAACACGGCUUUGCACAUGUGUAUCCUUUCCUAAUUGUCGCAUGUGGGUAUUAAUCAUUGUCAGCGUCUUAGCAAACCUAGCCAAACGUUUCGGCUUGGUCUCGGCACCAGCAUAUAGAUGUACAUAGUUCAUGUUUGAUGUUUUGUGGUCUAAAGGAGUAAUUUCUGAACUUAUACAUCUGUGUUUGCAAUAUGUACAGAUAUCAUUUAAUAUCGGUCUCAAGGCCUAUUCACACAGGCACACAAACUGAAUGGUGACUGCAUUGAAAGCAUAUAGCUUGUUAUGUUUUGUAAAAUCUAACCCCCAUAUUAGCACGUUUUUGAGCGCUGAUAAGUUUACCAGUAGUUGCAAUCUUCCCGUGAAUAGUCGUGGGGGAGAAAGGAGAGCGGGGCUAUCAUCUCCUGUAAGCAUGGAUUAGAUUCGAAUAAAUACAAGAUAAAUCAAUGCCGUUAAAAUAUUCUUGGCAGGAAUAAUGCCUCUUACUCGGAAGACACUUUGAUCGGUUGUUGCAUUGUGCAUAUCUAUCAUUUUAUUGCGGAAAGGAUUUUCUUUGUUUCAAGGCUUCAAGACUUGCCGAGGUUAUUUUAAUGGAACUGUAUAUGGUAAGACAGGAAUGAUAUAAUAGUAAGAAAAACUUUUUUUUAGUGAACAAUCGUUAUUCGCAUUUUUCCUUCCGCAGUCGUAGAAAUUAAGAAAGUGCUGAUAAGCUCCAUGUAGGUUGGACAAAUGAAUUGCCAAGAGUGGACGUUCAUUACCAGUUAUGUCCUCAUCUCCAAAGAACUUUCGUACAUUGUCUAGGACAACAUGUGUAAACUGAAGAGCUGAUCUCACUUGUCUGGUUUGUCGACUGUUGUUUUUAGACAUGCGGUUUUAGAAUUCCAGUGCAGAACACGCCUGGCCAAACCUUCAAAGCUAUUCUUGCAAAGUCAUGGAUAUCAGAGCUGUGGAUAUAAUGAAAUGAAGUGUGGGACCACUGUUUUACGACACAAAUUGCGCCUGAGGAAACUUUGGUGACAAGGUAUAGCGAAAAGAUACGUCACCUGGCAUAGUAAAUGCGUUUGGGCGAAGUAUUGGGUGUAUGUAAAACCGGCUUCACGUGGAAUUCGGGCACAGACGAACAGGGAUCUACAACAGCGACAUACAUAUACUGUUCUCGUAGUCUUGGUAACUACCAACACUCUCACUAAAAUAACUAUAGUUUAAAGCAGUGUGAUUUUUGAUUAGCAAGUGCUUAUUCUCUUGUCGAAAUCUGGAAGUGUAUAGAUGUAAAGCUAUGCUCUUGUUAUAGGUUUAGUAUUCUCUUACAAGUGCAAAUCUAGAGGAGUGUAGAUGUGAGGCUGACCUCUGGUUUUUCGUUGCCAGUGCCGGGCCUGGAAACAUUGCCAGAGGAGGGUGACGGGGUCAGUGACUGGCUGGCCGGCCACCGCGGGCCGCAGGACAACAUCUACAAGACGCGCAAAUCACGUAUCCUCAACGCCGAGCGCA